GCCUGCCUCCUACUUUUUGUUGGGACCAGGGAGAGAAAAAUACCCUACAGAGGCAGCGAGCUGGAAUAAAAACAAGAAAAAAAACUAAAUAAAAGAAACAAGUUACAAACUGUGGAAAUGUACGAGGCUCCUGUUUAGUCGUCUACAAUGCAAGCGGACGUGCUUUCACCGUGAAUUCCUACGAGGAGGUUUUUGUACAAUCCUGUUUCCCUCCCUCUCCCCCAUCAUGCUGAGUUUCCUGCGCAGGACGUUGGGGCGACGCUCCAUCCGGAAACAUGCAGAGAAAGCCCGGUUACGAGAGGCCCAACGAGCCACGACGCACAUCCCUGCUGCUGGGGAGGCGAAAUCUAUCAUCACCUGCCGUGUGUCCUUACUGGACGGGACAGAUGUCAGCGUUGACCUGCCGAAAAAAGCCAAAGGUGAGGAACUGUUUGAGCAGAUCAUGUACCAUCUGGACAUUGUAGAGAAAGACUACUUCGGACUGCGCUUCAUGGAUUCGGCACAAGUGCCGCAUUGGCUUGAUGUUACAAAAAGUAUCAAAAAGCAAGUAAAAAUUGGCCCACCAUACUGCCUUCACAUGAGAGUCAAGUUCUACUCCUCAGAACCGAACAACCUGCACGAGGAGCUCACAAGAUACCUGUUUGUGCUACAGUUAAAGCAUGACAUCCUCAGUGGCAAGCUAGAAUGUCCAUUUGACACAGCGGUGGAGUUGGCUGCCUUCUCGCUACAGGCUGAACUAGGAGACUGUGACCCAUUAGAACACAAUCUGGACCUGGUGUCAGAAUUUCGCUUCAUACCCAACCAGACAGAGGAUGUGGAACUGGCCAUAUAUAACACAUGGAAGGAGUGCAGAGGUCAGACGCCAGCCCAAGCUGAGAUUAACUACCUGAAUAAAGCCAAGUGGUUGGAAAUGUAUGGGGUUGACAUGCAUAUGGUCAAGGCAAGAGAUGGUAAUGAGUACAGUCUGGGUUUGACACCUACUGGAGUCCUGGUGUUUGAAGGAGAAACCAAGAUUGGGCUAUUUUUCUGGCCCAAGAUUACUCGUCUGGAUUUUAGGAAGAGCAAACUGACGCUCGUGGUGGUGGAGGAUGACGAACAGGGUAAAGAGCAGGAGCACACCUUUGUCUUCAGGAUGGACCACCCCAAGGCCUGUAAGCAUCUGUGGAAGUGUGCCGUGGAACAUCACGCUUUCUUCAGGCUGAGGGGGCCAGUACAGAAGAACUCUGCUCGCUCUGGAUUUAUACGCAUGGGAUCACGCUUCAGAUAUAGUGGAAAGACGGAGUACCAGACAACCAAGGCCAACAAAGCAAGACGGUCAGCGUCCUUUGAGAGGAGACCCAGCCGACGGUACUCCAGAAGAACCAUGCAGAACAGAGGACCAUUCAACCCCCAGGAGGUUCUUUCUUCAGGCAAUGGAGUCAGCUCCAGCAAAGACAAGGUUUCUCUCAGUAGAGGUGCCUGGUCAGGAAUGCCUAUGGUCAGCCCAGUGACAGCUGCUGCCUGUGGACCAAUAGAAAUUGAGGCUCUACCCAGGAGUCCUGGAGGAGAAAAAAGAAGUUUGCCCAUGGUUGCUGACCUGAUGGAGACAUGCAUUGACGAUGUCCUGAGGGCUCCCGUUGUUCCUACGGUGACAACUACAGAGGAAGCCGGACCAAGCAAUGCCUAUGCCGCUGCCAGUGUCACUGUGGAAGAUCCACUCAGUCUUAGCGAAGCAGCAGCUCGGCUGAAGCAGCUGGAGUUGGAGAGCAGUCCACUUCUUUCUGCUCCAAGAAAUAAUGCCAACAUUAAUGUCAAUAUGGCCAUGAACAAUCAGGAGGAUGUGGUGAAGCUUACAGAGAAGUGUGGUCUGAACAGUACGGGCAGCAGUCCAGCUAUCACUCCACUACGCGCCCCAGAGGAUCUGAAGAGCAACAUCUUGAAAGCUCAAGCUGAGGCUGCGGCCCUAAAGGGGCCUUUGGAGGAGCAUGUCGUAAUGGUUGGAGAUAAAAACUGUAAUUUGCAGGAGACUUCUGCCAGGUUGAAGGUGCGUACUGGCCGACUGGGCAGUAACUCGUCUCUUUCUGUUAGCAGCCGACCUGACAUCCAAGACUCCUGGGACCUGCUGAAGCCAGCCUCACUGGUCUCCUCUGCAGGGGCCAGUGCUGAGAGGUUAGCUGAAGAUUUAAACCCCUCUAUUCCCAAGAUGCCCUCUGAGUCUGCCAGUGAAGGCUUGGCACCAAAGGUUAAAGCAGAGGAGGUUGACCUGCAAAUCACUGUCCCCCUGUCUGACAACCUUAUUGAUUUCACUGAUCCCUCUCCCAUGCUGCCACCAGUGCAGCAACCCAAACCUCUCAUCACGCCUCGCUGGAUCAUUCCCACAACUGCUCCUCCUGGCGUCUUUACUAACGGCCUGCUCGACCUUGACCCCCCUCCUAAGGCCACCUCUCCUCUCCCUGCAGAUGGGGGAGCAGCUCUCACCCCAGCCCUUCCCCACCUCGCUCACACACGUAAUACCAUCACUGCCAGCACUGUGGGUCAGCCGCCAGCCUCAGAGGAUGGAGCCAAACCCAGAGGUCUCUUGACCACUGAGCUCUGAUGAAGAAAUGAGUAGCUGACAUCACAGCAUUCAUCUUCCUGACUGCUUUCCCACUUCACCCUCUCAGCCACCCACACACAUGAACAGGCUGGGUCAGGUGUGCUGAACACUGUGAGAAGGCUAAGGAAAGUGGAAAGGAAGAGGCAGCUUACAAGCACCACAAUUGUAGUUGCACCUAUAUCGUCUGACAGCUCGAACACAAUGAGCUACGUACACAGAUCAACACUAGUACACAUGAGCAGUGUUUCAUCAUCACAUGGUAUCAAGCUUAGUUUUGUAAAAUGGAUAAAACAAACAUUUAGCUCCAGUUUAACAUCUUAAGAGCACCUAACUUGUGAAUUUCCUGUUUGUGUUUCAGCGUUAGUGACCUGCCAUUUACUGAAUCCAUCCAGUCAGUCAAACCUCUGUCCAACAACCAGAACCAUCUCCUUUGUAGAUGAGAAAUAAUGGAAGUCUUGCUUGGUACAGAGGUCAAAUUAGGGCUCAUACCCAUACACUGAAAAAAACGUCAACCACUGGCUAAUCACUUAAAGGGGAACUCAACAGUAGGUUGUCCCUUUUAGUGCCCCUGUCUCCCUUUUUUGAGUCAUGCUGUUUUCGUGCUGGCAGUACAAACCACUGGAUCCCUGAUACGCUGAGCUUCUCUACACUCACAUGUAGAGCUGCUGUAGUGCACUGGAAGAAGGACUGCAAAGACAAGUCUAUAACAGAAAGAGACUUUGAUUCUUCAAAACACAAUGGGACUCUUAGGAUGAAACUUGUGGAUAUGAUACGCUACUGUUCUUACAGCACGCUAAGCUUUUUUCAAACCACUCAAUGCUACAUGUGAGAAGUCAGCCACUGGAUGUAAAAAAAAAACUUCACUGGAUUAUCUUUUCAACACUGGACCUUGAAAGAGUGUUUUUGCAAUGAACAAUGAGAGAACAUUUUGGUACCAGCGUCAUGCGGGAUUAAACAUCACACUCUUUGUGCCCUCUUUGUCCCCUUUUUAAAACUCAAUCACAGCUUAUUAUUUAAAGUUUUAACAUUUUGUCUGAAUAUGAUUUUUUUUCCUUUGUUUCACUUUAAACCUCUGUUUCCACAUGUCUGGUCAUUUUUCAUACACAUUGAAUUUACCUUUUUAAAUUGAGCAUGUAAAUGCCACAAGCGUAAGCUGUUCAGUUACCGUUAGACAAACUGUGAUCGCUGGAGUUCAGGGGGUUGUGAAACAGGACAGCUCCUCUUCAGACAGCAAUUUGAUUUUGGUCUUAAUGUUGUAGCAACUACCCUGCCUUAUGUAAAUGAAUGUAUUCAAAAUGUCUCAUCUAAGAAUGCUGGACAUGCUAGAGUACGGAUUUAUCACUUUUACAACUGUGCUUGUUAAACCCACAAUUGCUGGUAUAGUUUAUAACUGGAGGAAAACCUGUGAAAUAUCUUAAAAGCGCAUUUUGUACAUGUGGAAAGUGAGGCCUACUUCUACACUUUCUGACUUAUUAAGCAUUUGACUCUUAAAUGGUAGAGUGUUAGUUCUCAUGCUUUUUUAAAAAAUCUCAUUGUAAUCACUAAGUUUGGACCCUAAUUGAAAUUAUAUCUGUAGCUGUUUUCAGUAUGAUUUCAUUAUGUCUUGAACAAGGGAAGCUGACUGUUUUACAAUGUCUUCUUAGCAGUGACAUGUAUUUAUGCUACUACUCAGUGUAAUUGUUCAAAUAUUACAUGUUGUCCAAAAGUGUUGUUAGCGUUCAGUUUAUAAUGUCCUGUCAGUGUAAUGGCAUCAGCUGGCUGUAGAUACGAAAUAGACUCAUAUAUUUUUUUGAAGAUUAUGUCGGCAGUAUAGUUGCUACAUUCUGAGAAGGAAUUUCAACCUUGAAGUGUUUUCUAAUUACAAAAGAGGUAGGAAACGUAUUACUGAUCAACUUGGAAAAAUGCAGAGAUUAUGAUGUCUCACAUGCAAUUUUAUAUAAACUUAUUUUUUUCUGGAAUACCUGAUGAUGAUGAUGAUGAUGAUGAUUCAGUAAAGCUUUGCUACAGUAGGA